UGCUCGCAUUUCGCUACGGAAACAUGAACGGUUUGGCGUCGAUGGAAGAGUCUGGCAUAGCCAGUGUCAGGGACGUGUCGCCGGUUGGCGUUGACAGACAUGGAUUGAUGGUGGCCAAAGUGGUAGCCAUGGUGGUGCUCAUUGUGAUUACCGUGAUCUGCGGCAGUCUGCCCUACAUGCUGGAUCGCUGCCUCGAGUGGACAAAGAAGAAUCCAGAGGAAACCCGCUCAUCAACGGUGGUGCGGUGCCUGCUCUUCUUUGGCGGCGGAGUCCUGAUCUGCACCACAUUCCUGCACAUGCUGCCGGAGGUGAUUGAGGUGGUAGAGGAGCUGCAGUUCUGUGGAAUUCUCGCCAACACUCCCUUUGCCCUGCCGGAAAUGCUUCUCUGCACGGGCUUCUUUCUGAUGUACGCCCUGGAUGAAUUGAUGCACACCUUCGUGCAUCGCCACCAGAAGAAGCUCAGCAGGAAGGAGUCGAUGGCAAGUUGCGCCUUCGAGCGGGCACACAGCCUUCGCCACAGUAUUCUGGUUGGCAAAAUAGGCGCAGUGGACUCAAGGCCAGAGGAGCCAAAGAACCUACAGGAGGAGCAGCCCAAAGAUCAUAAUGAUCACUCGCACAUGCCUGUGGUGUCCGACAAGGACAGCGUUGGCUCCUCUAUGCGCGGACUGGGCAUUAUUUUAGCUCUUUCCCUGCACGAGCUCUUCGAGGGCAUGGCCAUUGGACUGGAGGGCACCGUCAGCACGGUUUGGUUCAUGUUCGCGGCUGUGGCUGCCCACAAGCUGGUGCUGGCCUUCUGCGUGGGCAUGGAGCUGCUGGUGGCCCGCACUCGCAGCUCUCUGGCCAUUAUCUAUCUCAUUACCUUCUCGAUUGUCACGCCCAUCGGGAUCGGUGUGGGCAUUGGCAUUAGUCAGAAUGUGAAGCCGAAUCAGCCCAGCGUUCCCUCGGGCAUACUGCAGGGCAUCGCCUCGGGAACUCUGCUCUAUGUGGUCUUCUGCGAGAUUCUCACCGAGAACCACGCCGGCUGGCGCGCCUACAUUGCCGCCCUGGCCGGUUUCGCCCUGAUGUUCGGACUGCAAAUUUUGUCUGACGAAGCGGAGGGCGACGAUAGCCUGGUGUGUUCCUAGAAUAGCCACCACUCGACAGGAUGUACCAUAAAACAAUAUACACAUGUAAUUAAUUUAUGUCUGGAUAUAUUGUUGGAUUCCUGAUUGACUGCUUUUGACAGCUGUUGCAUAUACUUAUUUAUGUACCGUUUAUAGAAGCCACAUCAUGAGUACAUACUCGUAUGUAUAUAUGUAUGUGAAUAUGCAUAUUUUAUAUGAAUACGUCACGCGAAUAAACUAAGACCAAAGAAACGAG